CCUCUCCUCCUUUCAUUUCGCUCCUUGAGAGGCGAUGGAGAGAUGGAGGGCGCAGUAGAAGGCCAGGUGGUCACCGGUCCUGUCCGGCCGUGGCGUCCUGGCGUCCCCCACGUUUGUCCAUAUAUAUGCCCAUGGCCAUGAGUGACAUCGUCUCGUCCUUCUCCCAUUUGCAACCUCCCCCGUCAUAGGCUACUGUGACCUGCUUCUUCUUCUCUUGUGCUCCUGUGCCACCGUCACUGCUCAUCUCCAUAGCCAGGUACCUCUCAGUAGCUCGAGGAACCACAUAGGAGUACAUAGCUUUACUUUAUAGUACUAGGUUUUAGUUUAUGGAACAACCUACACACGAGGCAGAAGCUAGCUAGCUUUCUUCAAUAACCUCGGUCCACCAGCAAGAAGCUUCCCUGCUUCCCUUUGCCCUCCAUCGAUCUGCCCACACAUCCAUCCAUCCAUCCACCCAUCCUGCUGGCUGUAAGAAGACAUGGUCUCAUGGCCGUGAGCUGCUCACCUCGCCGAGCCCUCAUCGCCGCCGUGUCCCUCUGCUUCCUUCUCGGCGCCGCGACCAGCAUCCGCACCGCCACGUUUUCCCCUUCUCAGAACCUGGCGGAGGACAAGUCGCGGCUGGGGUCGACGCCGCCGAGCUGCCACAACCGGUGCAGCGCCUGCAACCCCUGCAUGCCCGUCCAGGUGACGACCGCGCCGGGGCUCGGCCGCGCGGCGCGCGUCGCCGACGACACGGUGACGGUUGCCGGCUUCUCGCGCUACUCCAACUACAAGCCGCUGGGGUGGAAAUGCCGCUGCGACGGCCGCCUGUACGACCCCUAGCGUGCUGCUGCUGCUUCCCUUCUCCAUGGCGCCAUGGCAACUCCACUCCAGUGCGCACUCUGCUCCGGUCCGGCGGGAGAUCGAGGCUGGACAUCAGCCAGCAGGUUCUUCGUCUCGCGUGUGUGCGUCAUCUGUUCUUGGGAACCCAUGGCGGCUUAAUGCUUCACAAGCUUAUUAUUACUCUCUCUACUAGCUAGAUCGAGCUUGCAGCCUUCGCACCGUAGCCGUAGCCAUUUUUUUGCUCUCCGCUGAAGCAAUUUACUCGCGUGUAAAGAGUGAUUGUGAGCAGUAAAUCCUAGAAGUAGUACCACUGCUAGUAGUAUUGCCCAGUGCUCUGGUCAUGACAGAUUGAAGGCAGGCAGGCAGGCAUGUGAUCUCGCCUGACGGCUCUGGUAGCCUGAUGAAUCUACCGCUGGAUCGCAGUGCCGCCGAUCCGCCGGCUGCGUUGUAACCUUGCGUGACGUGUGGCCGAGCGGGGGGGCACACACCGGGGGGGAGCCUGAUGAUGAUGUUGCGGUUUUUUUUUUUUUGAGAUGGAUGAUGAUGCGAUUUUUAAUCUGAGACUGUUGCGUAGUAAUUGUGGCCACGGCCGCCUUUGUA